AUGUUCUCACGACUAUCUGCUGUCUCUCUGAGACAAGGAUUUGUGGUUCAAAGAAGGCUCUUCUCAUAUGCCAGACCACUGCUCAACAGCGGAUCUCAAGCAACAGCCAACCAGAAUACAGCAAGAGAAACAAAUAAUGAAUACCAGUACAGUGGCACAAGAAUUGUUCCUAAGUUGUCCACGUUCUACUCUGCUAACCCACAUCAUGAAGCCCACAUCGACAACUUGGAAGCGUUGAUGAGAAAAUACAUAAAGUAUCCAACCGUGCAGGUGGAAGAAAGACCUAUGUGGUUGAGUUUACAAGAGUACGCACUAAUAGGUGGUGGUUCUCGUUUGAAGUCUACACAAUACAAGCAAUUACUAUUUUUGUUGAACCGUUUGAACUCCAUUGACCCACAACUAAUGGUUCCAGAGAUUUCAAAUACCUUGGCCAAGUACCACAAGAAGACGAAGCUACAACCUCAAAGAGACACUUUGAAAGAACUAGACGAGUUUGGAAGAAGUUUAGCUAUCGGGAGAAGAAAGACGGCGACAGCAAAGGUUUACGUUGUGCGUGGGGAAGGUCAAAUCCUCGUCAAUGAUCGUGCUUUGAACGAUUACUUCGUAAAAAUGAAGGACAGAGAGUCCAUCAUGUACCCAUUGAAGGCUAUCGACAGUGUCGGUAAGUACAACAUCUUUGCCAUGGUUUCAGGCGGUGGGACCACUGCUCAGGCAGAAGCUAUUAUGCACGCUAUCGGUAAGGCGUUGGUUACCUUCAACCCGCUCCUAAAGACUAGGCUACAUAGAUCUGGCGUCUUGACUAGAGACUACAGACACGUUGAAAGAAAGAAGCCUGGUAAGAGAAAGGCCAGAAAGAUGCCUACGUGGGUUAAGCGUUGA